AGUAGUUUUAAAUCCUUUCAGGUUAAAGAAAGAGAGAAACCCACCUCUCCUCCCCCCCAUUACUUGCUUCAAAGGCUUUUCAAUCCCACACUCCUCCUAAGAUGCUUCACACCACCCCACCCCAGAGCCAAACCACACCCACUUCUCUACCACGCCCACCAAAUCAGAACAUCAAAACCAUGAAACAAGAUAUCCCACGGCUGCCUGCCCCGCCGGCGCCCUCCCCAACAAGGAGGCCGAAGACCAGGGGACUCCUCCGCCCGCCCCGCCGCACCAAUGCAUUUGUCUGGUGUGCCGCGUUUGCCUGCGUCAUCUUCAGCAUCCUCCUCAUCCUCGCUGGGAUUGCCACCCUCAUCGUCUUCCUAGUCAUCAAACCAAGACACCCGUCUUUCGAGACCACGGCCGCCAGCCUCAACAGCAUCUACCUCGACACUCCAGAGUACUUCAAUGGCGAUCUCACCUUCCUCGCCAACUUCUCCAAUCCCAACCAUAAGAUGGAUGUCCAGUUCGAGUAUUUGAACAUAGAAUUGUACUUCUCCGAUAGACUGAUUGCGACUCAGUCACUGCAGCCUUUUGCACAGAGACGGGGAGAAGCGAGACUGGAAGCGGUUCAUAUGAUAUCGAGUGAAGUCUACCUGCCUUUGAAACUUUCUAUGGAACUUCAGAAGCAAGUGCAGAGCAACCGUGUUCAAUAUAAUAUCAGAGGGACGUUUAGAGUCCGGGCGAAUUUGGGUCUGAGUCAUUUUUCAUACUGGUUGUACGGACGGUGCCAGAUCGAGCUGACCGGCCCACCAAGUGGAGUUCUAGUAGCGCGAAGUUGCAGUACAAAGAGGUGAAAACUUGAGGACUGCUUCUUUUCUUUUCAGUUCUUUCUUUCUUUUUUUUCCUUUUUCUAUUGGACAAUCUGGGAAUGGCAAUUUUUCGUGUUUUAAGGUUGGAUCAUAUAUGUAUUCUACAUUGUCCAUACAGGCGAUUCUUUUUGGUUGUAAUGAUCAGAGGAUCUUUAUGACAUGAAACUGAAAAAAUAAAUAAAUAACUAAAUGAUCAUCCAUUGUCA